CUUACGAAGGUGUCAAGCCGCACACAGCGGACUGUUUGCACGGGGAUCUGUCGCAGGCGGGACGUCGCCUUUACGGCUACCCUGCUCUGUUCGCGGAGAUGCGCGACUGACUGCCAGGGCAGGCAGCAGCUGAUAAGGCGUAACGAGCCCCUGUUGAGCAAGCGCCUUCUCGGAAGCGCAGUCUCGUCAUCUUCCCGAUAACAGGAAAAGGGGAUCUCACGCGCCGCCGUGUCGCAGCCGCGGAACCAGGAGUGGGGGAGGCGGCCGUGCGUGCGUAUAUAGGCACCACCUGCCCUUCGUUUCGGCACAUUUAAAGCCGGCGACAACACAGAGGAGAGGAAACAGAGAUGGCACACUCCACGACGCUUCUGGCGGUGGCGGCCGCCGCGGUCGCAGCUCUGCUGGUCUGCUCCAGCGCCGCCUCGCCUUUCGACUACGGACCGUCGCCGGCUGAGUACGGCAUCCUGCAGCUGGGGUCGCUGCGCAACAGCUCGCACAACCUGGUGGUGGGCUGGCGCCAGUACGGCGACCGGCUGCUGCUGCGCCAGACGGUGCACAAGAGCUCGCGCCUCUUCGGCGUCGUCACGGCCGAGUUCACGUACCCGCCGCCGCACUCCUACCCCAGGCCGGCCAACAUCACCGCCGUCUACGCCAUCGACCUCAAGAAGGACGGCCACGGCGCCUUCGUCAACCUCACGUCCGGGGGCGUCGGCAUGCCCAGGGUGUCACUGCGCUUCAAGUCGCAGCGCGGGCACGGCAUCAAGCACCUGGUCGAGGUCUACGGCAAGUGACACGGUCAAUAACAGAGGGUUUCAGACAUUUCUUCUUACCUACUGACGAUGUGCGAUAUCUUUCAGGGACAACGAUACCAACUGACUCAACAUAACUUUAUGAAACUGUUGUUGAUUUAUUUACAUAAAGAAGCAAGCUUUUGUUACUGCUGCAUGUUUUUGUUGUAUUAUAAUAAAGUCAUUUUUAUUUAAGAAA